AUGGCCACCGGCCAGGAGAACAUGGCGCCGCAGUGUAUAGCCUCCACCAGCAGUACCGCCAGUCCCUUUACCCAGGCACAGUUCUCCGGCGACGGCACGACGAUUGUCACACUGAGCGCGGAUCACACCUUCAGGACCUUCUUCGUACCGGAGAAUCUUCUCGAUGCGACCAAGCAACCCCAUACGCUCACCCCAAGCUUCACAACUCCCUCGCCUUCGGCUGUCCAGAGCUACGCCUUGUAUCCCAAGUUCGACUACGACAACCCAUCAACAAGAGUCUUCCUCACCGCAGCGACCGAUCUGCCCAUCACCCUUACCAAUGUAGUUGAAGGCGCCACCCACAACAUCACCUACCCGCUUUAUGACGCCACGAACGAGAAGUACCUCGUGCCGAAAAGCCUGGUCUGGACGCCAGAUGGUGAACGCUUCAUUGCCGGCAGCCUCAACCAGAUCUCCAUCUUCGACGUUCGACGCUACCACCAAGGCCCUCUCCACGAGCUACCCACCACCAACAGCAAGAAGUCGAGAAAGAUUUACGGACGAGUUCCUGGCUGCAUUGGCCAUAUCAUGGGUCUAAGCAUCAACUCAACCAACGGCAUGCUCGCAGCUGGGACUACCGAACGCGAAGUUGCGCUAUAUGAUGGUGUGGCCAAAGAGUGCUGGAGCUCAUUCACACUACCGAAACCCGUCCUCAACGAGUAUGGUGCCGCGACAGGUAUUACGCAGACUGCCUGGAGCCCCGAGGGCACCUACCUCUUCGCAGCAGAACGACAGAGCAACGGCGUCCACGUCUACGACAUCCGCAACACGCAAAGCCGCGUAUCAUUCCUCGCCGGUCGCAAUGCAACCACGCCACAGCGGAUGGGUUUCAACAUCACCAUGACUGCCAGGGGCUACGAGCUAUGGGCGGGUGGUAUCGAUGGGUGCGUGAGGAUGUGGAAGAAUCCCGGCUCGGUCUUCGAGACACAUCACUCCGACGCGGCGUUCAAGAUGCAUGAUUCGCCUGUGAGCAGUGCUGUGUGGCAUCCGGAGGGUUGGGUGAUGGCUACGUGCGCGGGGAAGGAUGGGAAUUUUGCAGCUGACAGCGAGUCGUCUGGUGGCGAGCCAUCUGACGGUGGUUCAUCCGACGAGAGCGUUGUGGAAGAGGCUCGCGCGGAUAACAGCCUGAAGAUCUGGACGGUAUGA